CGCCAAUGCCUAUCAUCGAAAUCAGUAGUUAUUGUUCAUCAUGAUCGUUAAAUAAGUUUCGACUUGUUCGAGAGCACAAGAUGAGCACUUCUACAACCACCAUGCUGGGUGCGAGCACCCCUGCCUCUUCGUCAACCUCUUUUCAGCGACCUGUGGCCUACCAGGAUGCUAUAGGACUACGCGCGCUGGGCAGAAACGGCAAAUAUUUGGGGUUGUAUCCAGCAUCAAAUAGAAGCGGGUCGACGUUGACUACAUCUUCAGGACAGUCACAUCAAGAAAACGUCGCUCAAAACGAGAACAAGAACAACUUGUCAGUCUCUGGUGUGCACCCUUUUCCACGAGAAGAUCAGACGAGGCCAGCGACAGAAUGGAGGAUCCACCGGUUUGCAGUUGAGAAACGGUUUGGCAGCCAAAGAAUACUUGGAGUUUUGGAAGAUCCAGGAGAGAUACGCUGUGGGGAUUCGGUAUGGUGCUUCCGUCUUUUCAUUGUCGUCUUCAUGUUAAAGUUUACUAAUAUGUUCUACCUCAAGUAGAACAAAACUGUUAUUGUCGUCUUCUCCUGUAACUUCUAGACUGUUAGCUUAAAAAUAUGCAGGAUAGUACCAUUAGCGAAUGUGAAUGCGACAUGAAGAUUAUGAACUAGUACGUAGUACACUGCUUUCCAGACUUCAUCUGAGUUGGCGCGUCACCAUCUCCAGGUCUGUUUCAUUCGGCCUGUGUCUUCAACACAAUCAGCCACAACUACGUCGACUACAACUACCAGCAUAUUAUCUUCCAGUGCGUCGUCAGCCAUCAGCCUCCUUCUGACAACAAAGUACGAGUUCCUGGUUUCGUUAGGAAGAGAGCGCGUUGGCGUGGAAGUGGACACGGCAGAUGCCUCCAGACCUGCCUAUAAGUGGUUGCUACUGAACGCCGACGACGUGAGGAGUCACGCCAAACUGCAGGACACAACGGCAGUUUACAUCCGAGAUCCUUUUCACAAUUUUCUUAGUGUAACCCCAACUUCUUCCUCAGGAGGUGGUGGAGGUGGUCCGUCCUCAGCUUCGUCUUCUUCAAGUAGCCUGCCAGUGUGCGUCCCGGAAACUUUGAGGAACGAUUUUAGCGCUAGAUGGCAGUUAGUACGCGCUAAUGCGAUUCCUAUGCUUUGUCAGGGAGACGCAAACGCAAUACUAGGGUCAAGAAGUUCAGCAUCAGCGAGACCCAGCACAUUGACUAGCAGACAGCACAAGGGAGGAAUAGUUGGAGGAGAGUUCUUCUCCAACUGUCUACCUACAUUUAUGAGACGAAAAAGUGCACUCACACUCAAGAAAUUGGCUACUUAGGAUUUCAGUAGGAAAAUCAAAAUAGCCACAACUCUUUUUGAGUGUGAAGAGUGCACUUUUUUCUUUCACAAGAUUAAACGCCCUUCCAGACGUCGAUGCUGAUCCUGCAUCUUUCUCGUCCUGUUCCCAGGCGCGCUUGAACAACGUUCUACGACCCCUCAAAAACAGUACUAGUGGAAGAAGUCCAAGUCUAGUAGAGAAUAAACCGUCUGAGCACGAGCAGGAGAUAGCAUUGGUCGAAGAUGUGUUGUUUUGUCUUCUAGGCGUCAAGACUUCGUCGUUUAUUCGCUGGGAUGAUAGAGUGAAAAAAUACAAGAUAGUUGUACAAGAGGAGACAACUUCUGAGGCAACUACAAGUCAGGAAGUAGGUCGUGCAGAUCAUGACGCAAGGAUAGACAAUGUUGGUGGAGCAGGUGCUGGCGUCCCAGGCGGCCGCGGGACGUCAAGUUCGUGGAAGGUGUUGUUAUUUUCAAACUUUUUUUAUGCAACAAGAACAUACUGGAGGAGACCUUCAUCAGAUUUUGAUCGACUCGUUUACCAACCUCUCCUUUUUGGUAAGACAAUUUUUGGAAAUUAUUUCAUCUACUAGACGAAUGACUUCAUCUGGUGCAGAAGUUAUAUAUUCGACAACUGCUCAUCACUUCUUCUGUCUGCUCCCGGUAUUUGGUAACCUGAAUUUGAUCAUGAGGGAAAACAAGGAGAGAACCCUCGUGAUCAAAAUCAGGUUACCAAAUAAUACCGGAACCAUUUAUCUUCACUUCCCAGGUAGCUCUCCUCCACCUGACUCGGCAAAUCCUGCCCCUAUGCGAUUGGCACGCUGCAGUUUCGGAGUAUAUCCAGGACCAUCUUUCACUAGACGCAGGUCGGGUCCAACAUGCUUUCUGCGGAGCCUUGGAUAAUCUAGUGCAAGAGUACAGAGUCCAGAUAGGAAAAUUGGAAACGAUGCACAGACAAAAUGCGAAGUCAACUUCUGCUACAUUGACACUGCAUCGUCUAUGGUACCUGGUUCAACCUUCGUUCGAGACGAUGCGUGAGCUGGCGUCAAUAUGCGACAGCCUUAGAGGAAAGUCUGGUGGCAAUUUGUUGAGAUGUCUGGAGGCCAUAGUGCAAGGCGGAAGGAUAGGAAACUCUGUCACAAGGAAGAAGCUGGCGGAACAUUGUACUCAACAUAGACUUUGAAGGACGCUCCUUUAUUUGCGAAGAGAAUAUUCUUGUUAUUUCACCGAGUAGAAAUCCAGAUCUCCAUCACGACAAAUAAUGUGAGUUGUCUCGUCUCUGCUAGUAUCGACGAGAGCACUUUGAUCAUUUGUAUUCAUUGCAAGUAGGCAGUCAGUCUGCACUGAACUUUGUGCGAGAUAAGUUGUAUUGUAUUGUCCUGAAGAAAUCAACUGCUCGAAGAUGAACAUGAUCCUCUUCUUGUUUACAACAACAUCUAGGUCUCUCCGCCGCCUGUCUCCCCUUUUUUGAGAUUCUGGAGUCAUGGUUGAACUUUGGGGAAGUUUCGGAUCCGUAUGAGGAGUUUUUUGUGCGCAAACGAGCUGGUCUGAGCAAAGAAAUGUCACCAAAGUUGUGGCACCAUGCUUUUGGGAUAGUACCGGAAGCAGUGCCUGGCUUUUUGCUAGUCCUAAAAGACCGAAUUUUGAAAGCGGGGAAGUAUACGAAAGCAUUGCGAGACUGCAGUUCUUACAGGGAUGAAAGGGAUGAACAUAGCAGCCUUACUACUGGUAGUACCUCCACAACUGGCACAACAACUUCAGGCUUUUUCUACACGCGCAACGAUAGUUUCUAUAUUGAGAAAAUCGAUUUGGCUUACACCAGUGCGAGUCGAAAUCUGCUGAACUACUUUUUGCAUGACGGCUUACAACUCAAGACGAGACUGCGCAUUUUUCGGGCCUUGUUUUUUUACGGCUCGCUUUGAUACAACAGGACGAAAAAGUAGUAAAGCUAUGUUUGUACAUCAAGAAAGAAACCACAUAUCAGACACAGCGUUUCGGUUUCCAUCUUUGGUUAGAAAUCUCGCCUACUCGUUCCUCACUUAACGACGAACGGACCGAAAGGUACCCUUCUAACUCCGUAUUGAAAAAGGCGACUGGUUGAGCAUCUUACUUCUACACGCACGCAGCGAACUCGAAGCGACUACUGAGAACGUCUCACUAGACCGCUUAGAAAGCAUGCUGGACUUGAGCUUGCGCAGCACGACUUUGAAUGUGCUCUACACCUAUUCAACGACUAUGACGUCGCUGAUGCCACCUGCGACCACUGCUGUUAGUUCCACAACUACGGUUAGCGGAGUUGCUCUAGAAGAUCAUGGUAGUAAAAGUUCAUCGAGAAAAAAGAAGAACUACAACAAGGGACGACCUUCAUCACCAGAAGAUAACGCCGAAUCAUCAAGACCAGCCGCGGGCGCUGCACCGCGAGUUAGAAUAAAGUCACCCCGCCCGGAUGAGUCCACAGAAGAGGACAAAAGCACUGAUGGAGGAGGGGGAUCAUCUAACGGCGAUGACUCUACGGACGAAGAUGAAGAUGACGCAAAGAAGGAGAAGAUGUUUGUUGCGCAGAUGCCGAAGACGCCGUUUCUUUAUGGCAAAGCUGCUAACAAGCGCUACCUUUACCACACUUUCACUUUGAUCAUCUUGUCCUUAUGAAGAAGUAGAAGUAGAAGGUCCCAUUCCCAAUUGUCAUUGCCUCGACGUCCUCUAAGGAUCGCAAUACUCUACUCUUCCGCAGAUGCAUCGCCAUAUCUCCGAAGAAAUGCUAUCUGAGGUAACUUGUUGCCUCCACACCUUCCGCAUUGAGGAUAAAGCCAGAGAGUUACUAGCUACCUCAUCUGUUAAGGCUCCUGUAGAAGUAGAUCAUUCAUCUUUAUUCGGUUUCGACACAUGAAGAUGAUCCUUGAAAGAAGUACUUAUAUGAGUCAGUAUCUUAAUCUUCUCACUCCUGAUUAUAAGUAGAUACUCUUCAAGGAUGAAGCUGAACGAUAAAUUUUGGGUCGUAGGUCUAACUCUGGCGUGGAUCUUUCUUCGACUGCGCAUAGUCCUGGCUUAGGAGGACCUACAGGUUACAGAGGAGCAAGCGGGCCGCCGCUCACUAGCCUUAUCAUUGAAAGCAAUAGACAAAAGAAUUUAGAUGCAAAUGCGAGAGCGGGUCGUGGUGGAGGUGCUGCUCAGGAUGGUACUAGUAGGUGGGGCAUCUUCUCAAGUACUAGAGGCGUUUCGUCGCCAGUUGAUCAGCAAGAACAAGGGAGUAGUAAUGCAGAGGGAGGCGCCACGCCCACGCCGUCAGACGCGACAGGAAGAAGCAACAAGAAGAUGAACCUUCACGGUCUACAGAACAUGCAAGUAUUAUGGCAACCGCUGGAGCAUCCUCAGCACCUUCCCUGGCCCCUUUUUCAAGGGAGAAAAGGGCACAGGGAUGGGCUCAGGGAUGUGACGCGGUAGCUCUAAAAGUAGUGAAGUUGUUUUGUUUGAACUACAAGGCCAGCUGGCCGCUGUCGUUGAUCUUCUCACCUGAAGCAAUGCUGCGGUAUCAGUGCAUAUUUUAUGGUUGAAAAUAAAGCGAAGAACCCAAUCAAUGUUGUAUCAGGAUCGUUCAUGAUCUAGUGUUACUUCUAGUAGUACACGACUGCUGAUACUCACUGAUUUACUUUGCACUGCUCACUAGUACUGCUUCUAAUACAGAAUUUGUACAUCGAAGAAUAAAAUUCUUAUUCGUUCCCACCUCUCUAAUGCCUCCGCCACACGCUCUUCCUCCGCUACGUUGAACGCCGCUUAAGCGAUGUCUGGAUCAUGGAACAGAAAAUGGCGUCUGGAAAGAAUCAGAUUUUUCUAGGAAAUCACGGGUAUUCUCUCCGAAUGCGGAUGUAUCACUUUGUACACAACUUGGUUCAGUUGUGCGUCGAAGCUAUGGAGAGGAAUUUCUUCCAGUUGAUGCAAGGGCUAGAGCAGACUGGAGAUGGAGAGGAUGGAAAGUCCAGCUCCCAAUUGUUAAGGCGACAAGAAAUCGAAAUCCAGGCCCGCCUCCUUCUUCUUUUCCAGCAUCGAUCUUCUCAGUCCCUUUUUUGUCCGUACUAGGGACAUCAAAAAUGGGAACCAGGAGGAUGUUGAGCCCGAAGUUACUUAGUACAGAUGAAUUUCUCUUUCUCACUCUCUUGCUCGUAUAAUUUCUAAAAUUGGAAUCCGUGGAUGACUUGAUAGCUCUACACGAUCACUUCUUGUACAAGAGUUUAACGGAAACGCUUUUGUUGUUCGACGUCUCAUCCUUCGAAGGAGGCAGCGGGGGUGCGAGUUCUUCGGGGACGUUUUUACAUGUUAAGGCUUUUUUACUGGUAUCACCGAUCAUCUUUAGCAUCUACUUGAUGUUUACUUACUCCAACUUUUCACAAUGUUUAAUAUUUUACAGAGUAGUUUAUAGCACGCAUGGAGUGCAUGAAGCGCAGAGCUUUAAGGGGCGCAAGAUGAAGCUCCCCCUUUAGCUCCAUGCUACUCCAUGCCCUCCAUGCCCUCCAUGCCAUGCGAGCUGUGAAACCUUGGAAAUUGCUCUGAAGUUCAUAGAGAUGGGACUAUCUCGCUCGAGUUUCUCGUCUUGUUCUAAAAGUAAAGUGAAUUAGUUGUAGAAGAAAGUAGGCUCAAGUACAGAAGUACUUUGACUUCCAAAGUGAGGCCCCCUCCUCCAAAGCUAAAAGUACAUCUAAUCUCUCUUCCGUAGUGAAAAUCCUGAACACAUGUGUGCUCUUCGCCACUGCUGUCGAAGAUUUUAUAGAGCGGUUUGGAGGUGUCCAAUUUCGCACAUCAACAUUUGGCGGUGAACGUUCUCUUUCUCCAACUGCAUCGGCUUCGAAAUUUUCUGCAGCAAUACAAGAGAAUUAUGGCAACGGUGGGCUGCUCCUGUGUAAUAAUAUCCUCUCGAGCAGAGCAUGAGUCGUGUCUCCUUUGCGAUUUCAGAGAUCCACUUUGAAAUCGCAAUCAUCUGCUCUUACUCGUCUAGCAUUCAUUCCUUCUCUAAUCCCUCAACCGUCUCGCCUUGCAAUCCGUGCUGUCCAACGAGCAUUACCGCAAGAUGAUAGGGAAAUUCGAGAAGAUUUUCGAGCAGCAAUUGAUCGCUUUGCUGGCCCAAGCACGUGAGGUCGUGAGGACUCAGCAUGAGCAUUUUUUGAAUCAGUUGCUGAUUCGGUUGGACUACAGCGAUUAUUACCUGGGGAAACAAGUUUAG